CUCAGCAUCCUUGCCGGAGACGAGGAGAGCAGCAGCAGAGCCAUUUUGACCGCUCCGGUUCGUGAUAAAAAAAGCGGCCGACGACUGGCCCCUCACUCUCCUGAGUCCUCAAGGCAAAAGCCGGGCCCCAAAAAAAAAAACAGGGGGGGGUGCGCGCAUCUAGAGGAGGGGAGGGGAGGGGGGCGCAAGACACCAGCCCUGCCUGCAGCUCCUCAGCCGGGGAGGAGAGAGCGCUGACAGCGGAGGACCUGGAGGAGAGCAGCCGGCCGGAGCAUCAUCGCUGCGGGGAGCCACGGCAGCAGCGCGAAGAACCAUACAGUCCCCUCACCUGGGCACCCCAAGGUGCUAAGAAGACAGCGCCAUGGCAGGGGCCUCCGUGAAGGUGGCGGUUCGGGUCCGUCCCUUCAAUUCCAGAGAGAUUGGAAGGGAGAGCAAAUGCAUCAUUCAGAUGUCUGGAAACACCACCACCAUCGUCAACCCCAAGCAGGCCAAAGACAACAAGAGCUUCAACUUUGAUUACUCCUACUGGUCGCACACCACGCCCGCGGACGACAAAUACGCCUCUCAGAUGCAAGUGUACAAAGACAUCGGAGAGGAAAUGCUGUUUCACGCCUUCGAAGGCUACAACGUCUGCAUCUUCGCCUACGGCCAGACAGGUGCUGGCAAGUCUUACACAAUGAUGGGGAAACAGGAUGUCAAGGAUCAACAAGGAAUCAUUCCCCUGAUGUGCGAAGAUCUUUUCACAAAGAUCAGUGAUAAUACCGACAACAGGGUGUCCUACUCCGUGGAGGUCAGCUACAUGGAAAUCUACUGUGAGCGGGUGCGGGACCUGCUGAACCCCAAAAACAAGGGGCACCUGCGUGUGCGGGAGCAUCCCCUGAUGGGGCCGUACGUGGAGGACCUGUCCAAGCUGGCCGUCACCUCCUACAACGACAUCCAGGACCUGAUGGACUCUGGAAACAAGGCCAGGACUGUGGCUGCCACCAACAUGAACGAGACAAGUAGUCGCUCACAUGCUGUCUUUAACAUCAUCUUCACUCAGAAAAAACACGACGCAGACUCCGAAAACACCGCGGAAAAGGUCAGUAAAAUCAGUUUGGUGGACCUGGCUGGCAGUGAGAGGGCGGACUCCACCGGAGCCAAAGGAACCAGGCUGAAGGAAGGCGCAAACAUCAACAAAUCUCUCACCACACUUGGGAAAGUUAUUUCUGCUUUGGCAGAAGUGGACUCUGGGCCAAAUAAGAAUAAAAAGAAAAAGAAAGUAGAAAGCCACAUUCCAUAUCGAGAUUCGGUUUUAACUUGGCUGCUGAGAGAAAAUUUGGGCGGUAAUUCUCGGACGGCGAUGGUUGCUGCCUUGAGUCCAGCCGACAUCAACUAUGACGAGACUCUCAGCACGCUCAGGUACGCUGACCGUGCCAAACAGAUUCGCUGCAACGCUGUAAUUAAUGAGGAUCCCAACAACCGACUGGUGCGUGAGCUGAAGGAAGAAGUGUCUCGCCUGAAAGAUCUCCUUUACUCUCAAGGGCUGGGAGACAUCAUUGAGACAUAUCGGGCGACUGGCGCUGAUAUCGAGGGUUUGAAAUUCCCAAACCGGACAGACAUGUCCGAUCACAAGAACAAUAACAAAAAAGGCCAAGCUGUGAAUCAAAGGGAUGAUCUUUCCACAGUGACCAAUGCCAUGACGGGGAUGAGUCCGUCUCCGUCCCUCUCAGCCUUGUCCAGCCGCGCAGGAUCCAUCGCCAGUCUACACGACCGCAUAAUGUUCAGCCCGGGCAGCGAGGAGGCCAUUGAGAGGCUGAAGGAAACAGAGAAAAUCAUCGCUGAACUUAAUGAGACUUGGGAGGAGAAACUUCGUAGAACAGAAGCAAUUAGAAUGGAAAGAGAGGCUUUGUUGGCAGAAAUGGGCGUGGCGAUGCGUGAAGAUGGUGGCACCGUCGGCGUGUUCUCACCAAAGAAGACUCCUCAUCUGGUGAACUUAAACGAAGAUCCUUUGAUGUCUGAGUGCCUGCUGUAUUACAUUAAAGAUGGAAUCACCAGGGUUGGUCGUGUAGACGCCAGCAGUCGUCAGGACAUAGUUCUCAGCGGUCACUUCAUCAAGGAUGAGCACUGCACUUUUACCAGCUCUCCUGGGCCAAUCGGAGAAACAACAGUUGUACUGGAGCCAUGUGAGGGAGCGGAGACUUAUGUCAAUGGGAAGAGAGUGACAGAAGCCACUGUUCUGAAGUCAGGAAACCGCAUCAUUUUGGGGAAGAGUCACGUGUUCCGGUUCAACCACCCUGAGCAGGCCCGGGCGGAGAGAGAGAGGACCCCCUGCGCCGAGACCCCCGUGGAGCCUGUUGACUGGGCCUUCGCACAAAGGGAGCUGCUAGAUAAGCAGGGCAUUGACAUGAAACAAGAAAUGGAGCAGAGGCUGCAGGAGUUGGAGGAUCAGUAUCGCAAAGAAAGAGAGGAGGCCAACAACCUUCUCGAGCAGCAAAGACUGGAUUACGAGAGCAGGCUGGAGGCUCUUCAGAAACAAGUGGACCGUUAUUACCCAGAAGUCCCUGAAGAUGACGAGGAACCAGAAGAGGAAGUCCAGUGGACAGAGAGGGAGCGAGAGCUGGCUGUGUGGAGCUUCAGGAAGUGGCGGUGCUACCAGUUCACCUCACUGCGCGACCUUUUAUGGGGGAAUGCCAUCUUCCUUAAGGAGGCCAAUGCCAUCAGUGUGGAGCUCAAGAAGAAGGUCCAGUUCCAGUUUGUGUUGCUCACAGACACGCUUUACUCCCCCCUGGCUCCUGAGCUGUUACCCCCGGAGUCCACUAAAGAGAGGGAAAAGAGGCAGUUUCCUCGUACCAUCGUGGCUGUGGAGGUGCAAGACCAAAAGAAUGGAGCGACUCACUACUGGACAUUAGAGAAACUGAGGCAGAGGCUCGAUCUCAUGCGAGAGAUGUAUGAUCGCGCUGCCGACGUGCCCAACACCACCGUGGAGGAAAGUGAAAAUGUGAUGACAGGAGGUGACCCCUUUUAUGAUCGCUUCCCCUGGUUCCGCCUGGUUGGCAGAAACCCCAUUUUCAACACAUGCAUGAGCCAGCGCAUGAGUGACCCUACCCCGUCCCCGACCCCUUCCAACUCUGACAUGACCGAACUGGCCGACGCGCGGAGGGAGGGUCGAGGGGACGAGGAGGAUUUGGACGACCUGGAUGAUGAUAUCUUUUUGGACGACCCGUGCUCGGAGCUCGGGGGAGAGGAUGAUGAUGAUUAUGAUGAUGAUGCUGAUGAUGAUGAUGAUGCUGAUGAUGAUGAUGAUGAUGAUGAUGAUGGUGAUGAUGAUGAUGAUGAUGAUGGUGAUGAGGGAGAGCUCUGCCGAGGCUCCAGCGAAGGCCAGGAUCCCUUUUACGACCGCUCUCCAUUAUUCAGUGUAGUGGGAAGAGCUUUUGUGUAUCUGAGCAAUCUGCUGUACCCAGUUCCCCUGGUGCACCGCGUGGCCAUCGUCAGUGAGAAGGGGGAAGUGAAGGGCUUCCUCCGGGUGGCGGUGCAGGCCAUAUCAGCUGAUGAGGAAGCUCCUGACUACGGCUCAGGGGUGAGACAGUCAGGCACUGCAAAGAUCUCAUUUGAGGACCAGCAAUAUGAAAAGUUCCAGUCAGAAUCCUGCACCGUUGGACUGUCCCGGACCGGGGUUUCCCAGGAGGAGCUGCGUAUUGUUGAGGGAGAGGGACAGAAUGCUGAAAUGGUCCCAUCAGCGGAUGAGGUCAACAACAACACAUGUGCGGCCGGUUCAGAUGAAGUGGAGAUUCCCCAGAAAACCUGCUUGGACGGUGCAUUAGAUGCAACUCUAGAGCACCUACGGAUCGGGAAUACUUUUACCUUCAGAGUAACCGUCCUGCAGGCCUCCAGCAUCUCUGCAGAAUACGCAGAUAUCUUCUGUCAGUUCAACUUCAUCCACCGUCACGAUGAGGCCUUCUCGACUGAGCCCUUAAAAAACACAGGCCGCGGCCCCCCGCUGGGUUUCUACCAUGUGCAGAAUAUUGCUGUUGACGUUACAAAGUCCUUCGUGGACUACAUCAAGACUCAGCCCAUUGUGUUCGAGGUGUUUGGUCACUACCAGAAACAGCCUUUCCUUCCUCUCUGUAAAGAUGUCAUCAGCCCGCUACGUCCUUGCAGAAGACAGUUUCCACGAGUGAUGCCUCUGUCCAAGCCAGUGGAUUGCGAUGACUCGCCGGAUCGGGAGAAGUCGCUGGAGCUAAUCCGAUACCUGGUCCCAGAUGUGUUCAAUGGGGCACUUGUGGACUCGCUGUCAGACCAUGCUCUGUCCGCCGCUGGCUUGGCUGCUUCCUUCCUACUGGAAGCAAACGAGCGAGCUCAGCUGCCGGCUCCACCCCUCGCUAUCUGCUCGGUUAUUAAAGCUCAGAAACCGGUACCGGCUACCAAGCUGACGGCGAUGACCCGUCCUCAAGCGGGACCCCGCCACUGCAAAUAUGACCUCAUGGUGUUCUUUGAGAUCUGUGAACUCGAGGCCAACGGAGACUACAUCCCUGCAGUCGUGGACCACAGACUCGGCAUGCCAUGUCAUGGCACAUUCCUACUGCACCAGGGCCUCCAGAGGAGAAUCACAGUUACCAUCGUGCAUGAAACUGGAGCUGACGUUAAGUGGAAGGAUAUCCGCGAGCUGGUUGUGGGGCGUCUGCGCAACACCCCUGAAUCUGACGAGACCAUCAUCGACCCCAAUAUUCUCUCUCUCAACAUCUUGUUUGCUGGGUUUGUCAAGCCCUUGCAGGAUGACAGACAGUUUCUUGAUUCGGACAUGCCUAGCAUUUCCUUGGGAGUUGACCAUAGGACUUUCUACCGCUUUGAAGCGGCCUGGGACAGCUCCAUGCACAACUCCCUGCUACUAAACCGAGUCACCCCAUACGGGGAGAAGAUCUACUUGACCCUUUCGGCCUACUUAGAGAUGGAGAACUGCACGCAGCCCGCAGUCAUAACCAAAGAUAUCUGCAUGGUGUUUUACUCCCGAGACACUAAACUCUCAGCUUCCCGUUCAAUCCGCAACCUCUUUGGUACAGGAAGCCUAAGAGCUGCGGAUGGAAACCGUGUGACUGGGGUUUAUGAGGUCAGCUUGAGUCACCUGGCUGAUGCAGGGAGCCCAGGGAUGCAGAGGAGACGGCGGCGGGUGCUGGACACCUCGGUGGCCUACGUCCGGGGGGAGGAGAACCUGGCCGGCUGGAGGCCUCGCAGUGACAGCCUCAUCCUGGACCACCAGUGGGAGCUGGAGAAACUCAGCCUGCUCCAAGACGUGGAAAAGACCAAACAUUACCUGUUACUAAGAGAGAAGCUGGAGUCCACCCUGCUCAUGGGCCAGGACUCCCUCCAGUCCUGUGUGGCGGAGGAGCAGAGCGAGUCUCCUGCAGCCACGGAGGCAGAGCCGGAGCCCGGCUGCAGCUCCCAAAUCACCACUGAGAGGCAGAGGGAGCUCGCUGCCAAGUGUUUGCGGCUGCUUACUCACUCCUUUAACAGAGAAUACACCCAUGUGUGUGUCAGCGCCAGUGAAAGCAAGAUCUCUGAGAUGUCUGUCACACUUCUAAGAGACUCCACUUCCAUGUCUGCUCUGAACACGAUCACACCCUCCUCAACGUGCCCUUCACUGGUUGAAGGUUACUAUAGUAACACUGAACUCAGACCCCCAACACCCCGUUCUCAUGCUGUCAGUCCCAGUCAUGUCUCACAACCCGAUGCAGAGGCCACAAAGUCCAUUAAUGGAACCUCUGACACCAAAGCUCGGACUGUAAAGUUUGUCCCUGAUAUCCAGGAGAUUAGAGUCAGUCCCAUCGUGUCAAAGAAAGGUUACUUGCACUUCUUGGAGCCGCACACCAAUGGAUGGGUGAAGCGCUUUGUUGUUGUGCGGCGACCGUACGUCUACAUCUACAACUCAGAAAGAGACGCUGUGGAGCGGGCCAUCCUGAACCUCUCCUCCGCCCAGGUGGAGUACAGCGAGGACCAGCAGGCAAUGCUCAAGACCCCCAACACGUUUGCCGUGUGCACGGAGCACCGGGGAAUAUUGCUCCAAGCUGGCAAUGACAAAGAGAUGCAUGACUGGCUGUAUGCGUUUAAUCCUCUCCUCGCUGGGACUAUCAGGUCAAAGCUAUCAAGAAGACGAGUGGGACAAAUGAGGAUGUAACGGAAAGAGGAAAAAAAUGCAAAGAUGUACAUAGAUCGUCGUCCCUAUCGCUAACCUUGUGCUGAGCCUCGUGUCCACCAUCACUGUCACCAACAGCUGUCUCUCCUCUCUUCAUUCUCAGUUCAUCAUUCGUGUUUUCGCUGUCUAAAGUGCCCCUUUUCAGUGAGGCCUUUGUUGCAGUGUGAAGAAACGACUCAGAAAGCUGUCACUGUACUGUACUGGAGAUCAUUUAUAGCUGGCCAAUGGAAGGAAGUGGAGCAAGUAGCAAACGUUUCUUAUCUCGGAUUGCAUUUGUAUGAUAAUGUACUGUAGUUGUUGUCGGUGACACAUCAAGCCUUAUACAUUUAUUCCCCUAAAAAAAAGUGCAGUGACAUGUAUGUUUAUCUAAAGCUGCCAGUAAGGACCAUAUUGCUACAUUUACAUCAGUACCUAGAAAAACAAAUCCCACUCUAUGCUCUACUUUAUAGAUAUAUAUACCGUGUUUAAACAGGUUUGCCUUCAACGUACAGCCACAAAAUACGUCGUGAAAAAAGAAAAAAAGAAAAAAAAAACAUUUUGUGUCUCUUCUCUCUGAAAAAAAAUGUCCCUCCUGUUCCUGAAGCCUCGUAGAAACUUCAAAACACACAGCAUGGCAAAGGAGGCAUGUCAUCGUAAACAUCAUCUGGUAAAUCUGUGUCAUUUUAGCUACUUGUAGGAGCACUAAGGGUAUCUACAUUUACAUGUUUAGCAGUCAAACAUUGUUCCAUUAAUUUCCCCAAUUUAAUCCCAUUGUCUACCUUCAUCUUGUUUUAAAAUGUGAUAUAUUUAGAUUUUUAACAGUUGUAUUAUUUAUUUCUGCAUGUAUUUAUUUACAAAGACAUUUAUAUUUCUAAAGUAGUAGUACGGUGCAAUUUCUGCACAUGGCACUUUUUAAUGGGUCCUUUAACGGGUUUGAAUGAUUAAACCUUGUCCCCAGGCUGACAGUGCUUUCGAAACAUUGAAAUAACUUUUGACCGUUUCUUUGUGCUGACGAUUACUUGAAUAAUACUUUCCCCAUUAAGAUUAGGAUAGUAGUACCUUUUACCCAACUAACCCAAGCAACAUGUUCAAAACACUCGUAGGUGAGUAUUACGGUUGUCUGUCCAUCCUUGUUAAAUCAGAAAGGAAAAACGGUUCUUCAAAGUACACUAUACAGUAUGAAGCUGGUUUUCUGACGAAUAUGUAUAUUGAUUAAAUGCAGUGCCUAUCUUUUCAAACAUACUGCACAGUAUGCCUCUACAUCAACUGCUUUGAAACGACAUCCUUCGUGCUGCUAAAAUACUUACAUUGAAGUGUCCGCAGACCAUAUCGUCGCUUUCCUGCUCAUCUUUAUCGUCAUCAUAAUCACCUGCAUGUUCAGUCGAAAGGUUUCAUUUAAUGGGACUGAUUGAUUUAUUAGGGCAAACAAUUUCCAUAAAGCUGAGGACGUCCGAAGUUUACAAAAAGGGACUCCUCAGACAUACUUCAGGAUCGUCAACGAGCAUGUGGCUCUUGGCAUGAAAACAAUAAACCCUGCUGACAGUGUGCAAAAUGUAAAACUGUAAUCCUGUUGUUGUUUAAAUCCCCUCAGAAGAUCUUUGGUUCAAAUGUUAAUCUGCAUGCCGUUUAAAAGGAUCUUGGAUCUCAAAAAGAAGCAGUUGCUGUGACUUAUGAGCGUGCCUCAGGUCAACCAGCCUGCAGAGCAUCCUCAGUGACAGUAAUGGCUUCUCACAUGCAUGCACGGAUAUCAUCUCUAACAAUUACAUCUAUACGAAUUUCAAAGUAAACUUUGUGGGGAAUUAAACAGAAAAAAAACAGUCUGCUUCAGUCAAUACAGUGCUUGAUAUGUUAAAAGUGUGUUGUGGAAAUAUAUUGUUGUAUGUUGAUCAUUUUACAGCGCUACAUGUGUGUACGACUCUACCUGGUUGUAAUAAAUCAAUAUUAAGCACUUAUUAAAAUCCCUUUUCUGGUAUAACAAAGAAUGGAUCAACAAGAUGAUCAGGCCGUCUCAUUAGGACUUAUUGGCAGGAACUUUUAUUUUUAGUUCAUUUUAGCCAAUUAUAGCGUCAUGAUUGGGUCAAUACUCUGUUGUACUGUACAUUACAAUGUCUCAUACUAUUAUGUUUGUUAUUUCAUUUGAAUAACUGAAAACGUGUAUGCUGACAUCAUUUUUUAUUUUGGUUUCAUUGGGCCUUUUAAUAUGCAUCACAUUUAAGUCAACCAAAGUUUUUGUUGUUGCACUCACAAAAAGUUCACACUGAAUGUACAUUAAUAUAUGAAAUGACUCGUUGUGCUUAAAUGAUUGUGUUAACUUGUCUUCUACCGUAGAUCCCCAAUGUGGUUCCUUACUGAUUAUGUUGAUUGUCAGGGAACCAUGUGGGGGUUGUGGAGCGCACCUGUAAUCAUCUGUCUGAUCUUAUUAAACUGUCUGGCUCAUAGUGGUCCAGCCUGGCACUGCAUCACGUACGGAGUAAAGUUCUAGGUUCCUGCUCCUGUACUGCCACUCUUACACUCUUGUAUCCGUAUCUACCCUCAACAUCAUGCUCUGGCAGCCAUCACACAAACUCUACUUUUUCUAAUCAUUCUCCUGUGAAGUAGUAUCUACAUUUUUUGUGCUUCCACAUCUGACUUUUUUCUUCUUUUUUUGUGCACCAAUGCAUUUAUUUUCUUUCUUCUUCAAAUAAAUUUGCAUUGUACAUAAACAUGAGUGCUGUGAACAUUGUAUUAUAAAGUGUACACCCGUUUAUAAAUAUAUAAAUGGGCAGUAGUUCAAUCAGUGUCUGAGUGUUGGAGCUUAGCAUCAGAUGUUUGUGUACACUAAACACAUUGUCAUAUAUUAAAUAAACAUGGAAAAUAUGCAACACAGA